GCCAGCCCUCACCCUUGCUCCAGGUCCGCGCUAGCCCUCAUCCUUGCCUCAGCGUCAGGAUGGAUCGGAUGCUGGCGGUCCUUCUGCUGCUGCUGCCCGCGCUCUCCUCGGCUCAAGGGAGCUACGGCCGCGACCUGCUGCAGCCCAAGUUGGUCUGGAAAGAGCAGCUGCUGCCGCUUUCCUCGGGGACACUCGAUCCCUCUAGCUCUCAAGUCACGCGGGUCGCCCAGACGGCCGUCCACUAUCUCAACUACAAUCUGGGCUCGCCCAGCUUUCUCCGGACCCUUGUGCACGUCCGGAAGGCCUCGGUCAAGACUAUCCCAGGAGUUGGGCAUAAGUACUCCCUGCAAUUUUCUACAAAACACGUUCAAACUGGGCAAAACCUAGGAAGAUGCCUUGCAACUGUAUUCUACCUGAAGGAAAAGCCUAAGCCGAUGAUUGAAGCCAGUUGCACAGACAACAAAGAUGCAGCCCAACGCAGGAAGGACGACUACAACUUAUAUAUAAAAAUUAAAGACCCAUUAUCUGCAGCAGAGCUUGAAAAUGUGGCCAGCAUUGGCAGCAGUUACAUUGCAUGGGAGCACUCAAGCGAAGACGUGGGUUAUGUCAUGUCAGAGAUCAAAGAUAUGAAGAAGUGGGAAAGUGGCAAUGCACUUGAAUUUGACUACACCGUUUUGAUUGAUAGUGAUAGUGAUCCCUCAAAGACUCUUUCCUGUCAUACACGUAUUACCUGGAACCUGGAACUGCCAAUAAAAGUGAAGUAUGACUGCACUUCAGAAGAUACAUCUGGAGAAUCCGCUGAUGGCUCUGGGGAAGGAGAUGAAUAUUUCUACUGAAUUUUUCAUUGAAAGUAAUUUUUAAGUAGGGAAGGAAAAUCCUUGUUUAUGAAGUUGUAAGGAGUUUUACAAAGGUGUAGCACACCUUUUGUUAAUAUUCCAAAUUCAGUAUUGAGAAUCUUCUAUCUAAAUCAAUGCAAUCUGUUUGGAAGCUUUGCACUAGUCACUUCUGAUCUAUCAUAAAUAUUUCUUUUCUGUUAAUUUCAUAAAAGAAAAAGUAUUCAUUUUUACAGAUAUUUUUAUUAUAUGGAAAAACUACUGAUGUGUCACUAAGUUUCUGGCAUUAGGAGUAACUCAUUAUAAGGCAUUUUUUUAAAAAUAUAUAUGAACAAAGAUCUUUUAAAAUCUUAAAAACUGCUAUUUUAAAGAAUAUUUGAUAAAAUAUUUUUAAAUUCUGGAAAAUAUUUGAUGUUGAGAUUUAACUUAUCUUCAAUAAAAGGACAAUGGUA